CAUUCUGUAUUUAUUUCAUUCUUUUUAAAUUUAAUUCGUUCUUUUCUUAUAAUGUAAGAAUGUAUAAUAGCAAGACUGCCUAAACACACACACCACUAUUUUACGACUUUUAGCAGAUUGAUAAUUUGCUAAAAAUCGUAGAAUAGUGAUAUGACACCUUCUUUUCUCACCAUUUACCACCGGAAUCUCACUUGAUGUUUCCAUUUUCCGCCGUUUAGGACCUGGGGGCGCGUUUCAUGUCCAUUAGACAGCAAAGCAUUGUAAGGAUAGGAAAAGUGGGGGUAACUAGCAGUCCAUGAUUAUAUAGUCAAAGGUCGAGCCGCUGCGAGCGGUCGGUCGCGCGGUUCGACCGGUGGCGGGACUGGCUUCGACCCGCAAGGGUCGCUCGGCACAUGCAACACAGCUGUCUUAUUGUGUCCUUUUAUAUGUGUUCUUUGUUCGUUUGUCCUCAAGGCAAAGCCGUUAUUUUGGGUUUUGAGAGCGUCAGUCAGUAUUCUGCAGGCAACAUAGAAGCACGUAUCGUUACGUACAAAUUAUAAUUUCGCAUCGAAAAUGGAACAGAAAGAACCAGAGGCCCAAGCUUAUCUGGAUAAAAAGGGGACGAAGUUUAGAAGGAGUCGAUCAACUAGUAUAAAACGAAGAAAUCGUCCGCUCAAUCGAUUCGAAAUGGAGCAGGAAAAGGCCAGUACUAGCCAGUCAGCAAAGAAAUUGAAGACUGGCCAAGACAUCGAUGUAACAGUUUGUGCGAAUUUUGGGUAUCGGAUUUUGAACUUUGCCACCGUUUUUUCGGCAAUUAGUAACGUCGUAAAGUGUAAGAAAUGCAACGGUGAUGUGGAGUUUAUGGAAUCGAGCAUUCGUGGACUCGGUUUCAAAUUAGUGAUUUCGUGUAACUCCUGCGAACCAACCAGUGUCGACUCUAGUCCUCUCAUCAACAACAAAGCAUAUGAUAUAAACAAACGAAUUGUAUUCGCAUUCCGAUUGUUGGGAAUUGGUCUGAGAGGAAUAGAAAAAUUUUGUGGGAUCAUGGAUUUACCGAAAAUGAUAUACCAUUCGUUUUAUGAUACUGUCAUUGAGAAUAUUUGCACUGCUGCAGAAAGUGUAUGCAACGUGUCCAUGGAAAAUGCUGUAAAGGAGGAACAAAAAUUAACAACAGAAAUGGGAAAAGGCCCAGGUUUGACUGUUUCUGGUGACGGAACUUGGCGCAAACGAGGCUUUUCUUCGCAUUACGGCGUAUCGACGAUUAUUGGGCAUUACUCAGGCAAAGUGAUUGAUUUAAUAAUUAAAUCUUCUUACUGCAAAGCUUGUGAGUAUUGGAGUAAAACUUUGGGUACAGUUGAAUACGAGUUAUGGAAAGAAAAUCACGAAGAAGAAUGUUCCAACAAUCAUGAAGGAUCAUCUGGAAAAAUGGAAGUCGAUAGCAUAAUAGAAAUGUUUUCAAGGUCGAUACAAAAGUAUAAUGUCUGUUACACAAAUUACAUCGGAGAUGGAGAUUCAAAAACAUAUAAAGCAAUUGUUGAUGCAAAUCCAUACGAAGAAAAAGUGAUCAAAAAAGAAUGUAUUGGCCAUGUGCAGAAAAGAAUGGGCACACGACUUCGUAACGUGAAGAAAGCGAACAAAGGUCUUGGUGGAAGAGGAAAUCUAACAGAUAAGCUAAUCAACGAGCUGACAGUGUAUUAUGGUCUUGCUAUUCGAAGGUCUUCUCAUUCCAAAGACGAAAUGAAGAAAGCCAUUUGGGCAACAUUCAAGCACAAGAUAUCGACCAACGAAGAGCCACAGCAUGAUUAUUGUCCUCCCGGAGAAGACUCGUGGUGCUCUUGGCAAAAAUCAAAAGCGAUCGGCACUUUGGAUGAAUAUCAGCACAAGAUUCCUCUACCUCUAAUCGUUCAAGAUGCCAUUAGACCAAUUUAUGAGGAUCUCAGUUCAGAUGAAUUGUUAAAGCGGUGUGAAGGAGGCUUUACGCAGAAUAGUAACGAGAGCCCCAACUCCGUUAUUUGGUCAAUGGCUCCAAAAACAAAUUCAAAUGGUGCGGAGAUCGUCAAAAUUGCCAGUUAUGUUGCUGCCAGCACUUUCAACGAUGGCUAUAAAAGCAUUCUGUUGAUAAUGAAUGUGCUGCAACUAAAAAUCGGGGAUCGCUGCUACGGAUUAUGCACGGAAAUCGACAAGCAGCGUUGCGAUACCGCGGAAAUCCGAGCUCAGAAAAGCACAAAAGAGGCUCGCCAAGCUCGUAGAUCGUCUCAAAGACAGGCCCAAGAUGCUCAUACAGCUGCUGAGGGAACAUUAUAUGGGCCAGGAAUCGCUGAUUGAAGACUCGCCAUAACUGAGAUAUACCUGUAGCCAACUACGCGCGUGUUGGCGGAGGACCUCCACGGCAACAGUUGCAGCGCCGCCAUUUUGAAACAUUUUUGGCUAAAAUUUAUAAUUUACAACAUUCUUAAAACCCUAAACUACAAUGUGGCCAAGAAUAAAUAAGUUUCGUUUAAUACUUUUGAGUUUGCAGAUUUUUUAAAAAUAAGCCAAUUUUUCGAACGGUCAGGGUGGCCAGACCCCUUAACAUAAAUUUUAUUUCAUCAAAAUAUUACAACGUAUGCAUUAGCCAUCUUACCUGCCUUGUAGAGAAGAGAUUGCCAUAGUAUUACGGGACAUUUGGCCAUACAUA